GCGUGGCUAACAUAGUCGCUUAUUUUUUGUGAGGGAACUGUUCUUUGUCGGCGACUUUUGGGAUCAAAGUUUCCUGCAGGAAUUACAAAGUCUUAAAGGGUUAAGAUCUUUGGAAACUUUUGAAAUGCACCGCAAAAACGGUUUGGCUCUUAUUGUUUGUGUUUCAGGUUUGAGUCCCUGAAAAGUAAGUGAGCCAUUGACUCUUAAUUGGUAAUGAACUCUUAUGAAUCAGUAUUAUAAUAGUGAUUGAUUUAUGGGUGUUACGGGUGUCUCAGUAUCCAAAAGAACAGCAUUCGUGGAAAGUACUGCUUUCUUCUUAUCUCUUUUUUGAUGGGUGAUCUUCGCCUGCAUGCAGGGAUUCGGAGGUCUAGCCAACAGGUAAACGAGUGCGAUUUGAAAAACAAAUGAACCAUGCAAAUUCUGACUGUGGUGUGUUUGGGACUUGUCUUGAGUAGAUCGUUGUCGGAGGCUGAACUGGGAGUGAUCGGCGACAUAAGCGACGAAACCUUCGAGAUGUUGAUAUCUGGAGGAUAUAAGCCAAAGAGCAACCGACUGUCCCGUCACGUGGUAUCGAUCCGCACCCACAACUAUGUGAGGCACCGGGGAGACAAUCACUUCUGCAGCGGAGUCCUGGUGAGCAGUCGAGCGGUCCUCACAGCCGCCCACUGUCUAACGGAUCGGUACAAGGCCUCGAUGAAUCCACGGGGCAUUCGGGUGGUUUUCGCACAUAUAACUCGACUGGCGGACUAUGAGGAUGCCGACACAAGAUUCGUCGAUCGUCUGGUGGUCCAUCCGGAGUACGAGCGCUAUAAGAAGAACGACCUGGCCGUCCUCAGACUAGCCGAACGCAUCCCGAGCUCCAACCACGACGUACUGCCGCUGCUCUUGCGCAAAAUGGCCAAUGUGACCUAUGGCGACACAUGUGUGACCCUUGGCUGGGGCCAGAUAUAUCAGCACGGGCCUUACUCAGAUGAACUGCUUUAUUUGGACGUUAUUAUAAGACCGCCAUCGCUGUGCCAAAAGCACGACGGUUCCUUUACGUCGGAUCAUUAUGUUUGCACGGAGCCCGUGGGCGAGGGACAGACCUGUGCCGGUGACAUGGGCGGACCACUACUUUGCAAUGGGGCUCUGCUCGGACUCAUUGGCGGACAUCAGGGAUGUGCGGGCGGCAAGGCAAUGAAGUUCGUGAGCUUUCUUUACUACAAGGAUUGGAUAACAACCACUAUCAAAUCCCUUUCCGAUUGUGGUCUAAGGGUUUCAAUAAGUAGCGUUUUUCUUACUCCCUUCCUACUGAUUCUCGUAAAUUGAUAUAGCUAAUAUGAAAAAAUACCGCCAUCACAGUAAGAAUAAAUC